AUAGGAAACUGCUUGUACGUGUGUAUUCGCUUGAGCAACAUGCCAUUUGUGCGCAGAUCCGUCUGAUCAAAUUAGUGUUUGUCGAGCACUACACGGUACUGUAGUGGUGUCUUGCGCGCGCGGAGAGAAAGUUUCUUACGUUUGGGCGCGGAAGGAAAGUGACACCGUUGGAAUGAGCGAACGCCCCAGUUCGAACGAGACCUCGACCUUCUCGUAGCAGAGCGUCUCUUUAUUUUCACCUCUCUUUGUCUACUUUUAGUCCUUAGUACAUCAUGGGUUUAUUAUUUUCCAAGUUAUGGAGCCUCUUUGGCAAUGAAGAGCACAAGAUCGUAAUGGUUGGUCUGGACAAUGCUGGCAAAACUACUAUUCUUUAUCAGUUUCUUAUGAAUGAAGUAGUACAUACUUCGCCAACCAUUGGUUCCAAUGUUGAAGAAGUCGUAUGGAAGAAUAUACAUUUCAUUAUGUGGGAUCUUGGUGGACAACAGAGUCUCAGGGCUGCUUGGUCAACUUAUUACACAAACACUGAGUUCAUUAUUGUUGUAAUUGACAGUAUGGAUAGGGAAAGAUUAGGUGUGAUUAGAGAAGAAUUGUACACUAUGCUUGAAAGGGACGAACUUAGCAAAGCAGCUGUUCUCAUCUAUGCCAACAAACAAGAUUUGAAAGGGAGUAUGACUGCAACUGAGAUAUCUAGGCAACUAGAUCUCACUUCCAUCAAGAAACAUCCUUGGCAUAUACAGAGUUGUUGUGCUUUGACAGGAGAAGGAUUGUACCAAGGAUUAGAAUGGAUUGUUGGUCGGCUAAAAAAGACAUGACGUACAAUUUAAUAAAUAAAUACACAUUUGAGCUGUGCUCACACCGAAUCAUACUUGGCAGCAACAACCAAAAGAAUACAAAUUAAAGGCAACUAUCUUCAAGCAGUUCGAUUUGGAGUGUGACUUUGGCACAGAGACGAAUUAACCGUUGCAUGUUUGUUGUUGGUUCAAAAAAAGUUUCUGUAUGCAUUUUUUCAAAAGCGCUGAUUGCAAACAAAGACAGAAACGGUAGCACGUUCAUGUAAAUAGUUUUGAUAUGUAUACCUGCACUUGUCGCGCGAGCGCGAAAAAAAACCAAUUUAGAUAGCAUUGAUCCUUGAUAUAAGACUCUCCCUUACUCUUGCAGUAAGGGUUGAAUCCCAAGAAAACUCAAAAGUAGUAAUUCACAAGCGAAAAACAGGCCAUCUCUGUGAUACGCAAACGAUUUCGACGAUUAGGCAGCUGUCAGGAACCGAGCUAUAUAUAUAUAUUUUUUUUUUCUCCUUUUUAUUCAUUCUUUUUCCAAAGCAGUAUUACAUUUCUUUCUUUCUUUAGCAUCACUGAAAGUAAAAUAACUUACGUCGUUCGAUUGUUUUUUAUAAUGACGGUGUGCAAUUUAAUCAGGUGUAUGUGACUCUCUCUGUACAAAAGAUUAGAUUAACAUUUCAUGCAGUAUUGAAGCUCGAAAAAGACAGCUGUCUUAUCUCACAUCUGUUUAACAUAUAGUUGUAAUCAGCUAGGUUUCUUGUUUGUCGGUGUAGAAAA